AUGUCUGCUCGGUCAUGUGAUCAGCUGUGUUCAAUCACAGCUGAUCACUGAUCAUCAGAGCACUAAUGAUUAGUGUGCCCUGAUGAUCAGUGUAGCUCCAGCAGUGCCACCUGCCAGUGCCCAUCUGAGCUGCCUUUCAGUGUCACGCAUCAGUGCCGCCUAUCAGUGUGCAUCAGUGCCACCUAUCAGUGCCAUAUAUGAGUGCUGCCUUUCAGUGCCCAUCAGUGAUGCCUGUCAAUGCCCCUCAGUGCCACCUACCAGUGCCUCCUCAUCAGUGCAGCCUAUCAGUGCCCAUCACUACAGCCUCAUUAGCGCACAUCAGUGGAGAAAAAUCACUUUACAAAAU